UCUUUGAUGAAUUAAUAAAUUAGCUAAACUUAAUAGGUAAGGUAAGAUUGCAUUCGAACACCUUGACUUUUGUUCAAGGUAGUCAUGGGGAUGUCUUAACAGCUUCAUUAUAGCAAAUAUGAACCAACUUCCCAACCAACCCUCAAAGAAAAGCAGUACCAAAAAUUUCAACAUGAUGUCAAACUAUGACCCCCAUGACAUUAACGCUGAGUACGAAGCCGUGGGUGCUGACUUGCGUGAAAUGGUCACUAGUGCCUUCACCAUGGCGAAGAACCCCUUUGACCCUGAAUAUCUUGACAAACUUGAUAAGAUGUAUAUAGAAAAUGAGAACUUGAUGCUCUUCCCGAACUAAAUUCACUAAUUUAGGAUCUUCAUCAAUU